CCUCGAAUCAGGCAAUCACACACCCACGGCAUCACGCCGUCCAACAGCGUUUCCUCUCUUUAUUUAAUCUCCCCUACAUUCCACUCUCCAAACCAGCCAAACAGGAUUGGUAGCUUCCAGUAGAGUGAGAGAGCAUGAAGAACGCAGGCUCAGGGAAGAGCAGCAAGAGCAAUUCAAAGUCAGACGCCAGGAAAGACCGGCGAUCGGCUACCGGAAUGAGCGGAUCACCUAAGAAAGGAGGUCACGGAGGCAAGUACACCUGGUCCGGCGACGGUUACUCUCCGGCGGAGAUCGGAUUCCAGAGCGAGAUCGUGGAUGCUCGGGAUCCUAACUUCGAAGAUCCUGACGAACUCCAGACUAUUUAAUCAAUCUGAUGAUCACACACGACACGAAGCACGAUCACCGUCGUAUGAUGAUGAUGAUUGCUCAAGGAGGAGAAGAUGUAAAUAUUUCUCCUUUAUUUUACCUUUCCUCAGCAGGUGUAAUGGAAAAAUAAAUAAAUUGUAAUGCGUUUGUCUGGUGUUUAAUGAAUUUUCUUUAAUUUUAGCUUUAGCAAAAUUUUGAGAAAUCCUUGCCUUUGCUUUUGCUUUAGCUUUAGCUUUUGCUUUUGCUUUUGCUUUUGCUGUUGAUCAGUUGCUGAAAUAAAUAAAUAAAUAAAUA